GUUUCGGUGCUCAUCUGCCCUGGUCAGCAGUGCACCGCCCUGGCUAUUAGUCUGUGAGCUUCCUCUAGCUGUGCUGAGAACUUCAGAUUCCCAUUUCUUGAGGCAGCCAUGGGUAAGGGUCCUGGUCUCUACACUGACAUCGGCAAGAGAGCUAGAGAUCUUCUGUUCAAGGACUAUCAGAGCGACCAGAAAUUCUCCAUCACCACCUACUCGCCCAACGGAGUUGUGAUAACAUCAUCAGGAACUAAGAAAGGUGACCUGUUCUUGGCUGAUGUUAAUACCCAACUGAAGCGCAGAAACAUCACCACUGAUAUUAAAGUUGAUUCUGAUUCGAAACUCUUCACCACAAUCUCGGUUGAUGAGCCUGCUCCUGGUUUGAAGACUAUCUUUAGCUUCAGAGUUCCUGAUCAAAGGUCUGGAAAGGUGGAACUUCAAUACCUGCAUGACUAUGCUGGGAUAUGCACAAGUGUUGGGUUGACAGCGAACCCAAUUGUCAACUUCUCUGGUGUUUUAGGAACUAAUGGCCUUGCUAUUGGUACUGAUGUCUCUUAUGAUACCAAAAGUGGUGAUUUCACUAAAGUGAAUGCCGGAUUGAGCCUGACAAAAGCAGACUUUAUCACUUCACUGACUGUGAAUGAGAAGGGUGAUGCUCUGAAUGCUUCCUACUACCAUAUGGUCAACCCCUUGACCAAUACAGCUGUUGGUGCUGAUGUGACUCACAGAUUCUCAACCAAUGAGAAUACCUUCACCAUUGGUACCCAGCAUGCGCUGGACCCACUGACCACAUUGAAAGCUCGCGUCAACAACUCUGGCAUUGCUAGUGCCCUUGUUCAGCAUGAGUGGCGUCCUAAAUCGUUCUUGACCUUCUCUGGGGAGGUAGACACGAGAGCCAUUGAGAAGAGUGCCAAGGUUGGGUUGAGUUUGGCUCUCAAGCCCUGAGGAAUUUUGAGCUUUCUUGGCAAGAUCAUUGAGGUAGGGAUUAGGAGCAUAUGGUUUAUAUGCAAGCCGAUUUAUUUUCCUGAGGUUGGUUUUCUUUUUGGACGCAAGUGUUCAUGGUGUUUCUUACGCAUGCCUGUUUCAACAUGGUAAAAAUAAUUAGUAGAUGAUUUAAUAAACCUAAUGUUACUCUCAAAUUUGGACAAGCUCUGGAAGCCUCACUGUUAGACUGAGGAUUGAUAUUCAUUGAUAUUUGAAUUGCAAGAUAUUUUGCCUUGUGAUGGCUGUUCUCAGCGUUAUGAAGUCUUGGUAGGUUGAGAUCAUUUACAUCUAAUGAGAUA